AACUUUGAAGAGGGCUUGGAAUAAAAUAAAUGGAAUUUCAACACAACAGCAAAUACAGGAAGAAAAAGAAAAUGCAGAAUUGAAGAACAACGAGGAAAGUGAUAAAGAUACUGAUUCAAUGUCUACGGAAAACCUGCAGAAUAUGAUUACAAAAGUUCCAGGCUGUUCCGAGUGCAAUGUAGAGGAUAUCGAAGAUUGGUUACAUUCUGAUUCAAUAGAUCCUGGGUUCCAAUUAUUGAGUGACGAUGAAAUUAUUCUGAGUACAAAAGAAGAAUCAUACCCAGUGGACACAGAAGAUGACAAUGAUUCUACAUUUGAAUUAGAAGCUGGACCUUCUGCAAGUGAGGCGUUUGCUUGUUUUGAGACUGCCUUAAAUUGGAUGGAACGACAAUCUGAAUGCGACCAUGUAGACCUUCUUGUCGUCAAGCGCUUGAAAGAUCUAGCUGCUAAAAAGCGAGUUUCUUCAUUAAAACAGCGUACAUUGACAGAAAUGUUUAAAUAAAAUUAUUUUCUUUAAUAUCUAAAGUUAAAUGAAGUAAAGUGAGUAA